ACCAGGAAUUGUUGGGCAUCUCUGCACAGGGCUGUGAACUGCUAGCUUUCUGCUUGCUCCCUAGACAUGCAUCGGCUGUUGACUCCCGUGAGGCAGGCUCUGCAAGCCAAGAGGGUGAUUCAGGAGGCCUCCCUCGCUGCUGUGCGCCUGCUCCCUGCAGCCCACCAAAGGCUUUCUACGGUCUCUGCUGCCCCCCUGGCCAAAACAGACUCUUGGCCAAAAGACGUGGGCAUCCUUGAGUUGGAGGUCUACUUCCCAGCCCAAUAUGUAGACCAAACUGACCUGGAGAAAUACAACAACGUGGAAGCAGGAAAGUACACAGUGGGCUUGGGGCAGACCCAGAUGGGCUUCUGCUCCGUCCAGGAGGACAUCAACUCCCUGUGCCUCACGGUGGUGCAGCGGCUGAUGGAGCGCACCAAGCUGCCGUGGGACUCUGUGGGCCGACUGGAAGUGGGCACCGAGACCAUCAUCGACAAGUCCAAAGCUGUCAAAACGGUGCUCAUGGAGCUCUUCCAGGACUCGGGCAACACCGACAUUGAGGGCAUAGACACCACCAACGCAUGCUAUGGAGGCACUGCUUCCCUCUUCAAUGCGGCCAACUGGAUGGAGUCCAGCUACUGGGAUGGUCGCUAUGCACUGGUGGUCUGUGGAGACAUUGCAGUGUACCCCAAUGGUAACGCGCGCCCCACAGGGGGCGCUGGAGCUGUGGCCAUGCUGAUUGGGCCAAAUGCCCCACUAGCUCUGGAGCAAGGACUUAGAGGAACCCACAUGGAGAAUGCCUAUGACUUCUACAAACCGAAUUUGGCCUCCGAGUACCCGUUGGUGGAUGGCAAGCUCUCCAUUCAGUGUUACCUGCGGGCCUUGGAUAGAUGCUACGCAUCAUACCGCCGAAAAAUCCAGAAUCAGUGGAAGCAAGAUGGCAUCGACCGGCCUUUCACCCUUGAUGAUAUACAGUAUAUGAUCUUUCACACACCCUUUUGCAAGAUGGUUCAGAAAUCUCUGGCACGCCUGGUGCUCAGUGACUUCCUGUCAUCCAGCAGUGACACACAGAACAACUCGUAUAAGGACCUGGAGGCCUUCAGGAACCUAAAGCUGGAAGAAACCUACACCAACAAGGACGUGGACAAAGCCCUUCUGAAAGCCUCCCUGGACAUGUUCAACAAGAAGACCAGGGCCUCCCUCUACCUCUCCACGCACAACGGGAACAUGUACACCUCGUCCCUGUACGGCUGUCUGGCCUCGUUGCUGGCACAUCACUCUGCUCAAGACUUGGCUGGCUCCAGGAUCGGUGCCUUCUCCUAUGGCUCUGGCUUAGCAGCAAGUUUGUUUUCAUUCCGAGUGUCCAAGGAUGCUUCGCCUGGGUCCCCACUGGAGAAGCUGGUAUCUAGCGUAUCAGACCUGCCAAAGCGUCUGGCCUCCCGGAAGCGUAUGUCUCCUGAAGAAUUCACAGAAGUAAUGAACCAAAGAGAGCAAUUCUACCACAAGGCAAACUUCUCACCACCUGGUGACACAAACAACCUCUUCCCGGGUACUUGGUACCUGGAGCGAGUAGAUGAAAUGCAUCGCCGAAAGUAUGCCCGGCGUCCCAUCUAAACGUGAUGCAUAGAGCGGGUCCUGUGGAAGAGCAGUAGCACAACCUCUGUCCCUGGAUCAUGUUUAAAACACUGUCGUUGGCUGGUAAAAUGAAUAUGGCCCUACCCAGUAGCCCUCACGAACACUGGCCCCGAAGAUGAAGAUGAGGACUUAUGCUACCUGAAGAAAGAAAACCAACAACGCCCUUCUGAAUAAUGGCUGAAACUCCUCUGAAGAAAAGCAGCGUCACCAAAGAUCAGCUGAAAUCCCUCAUGCCAGUUCUCCUUUGCAUACUGCUUGGACACUGUCCUUGAGGUGGACUUUCCACACCCAGAACCAUGCUGAGCUGGGGGUUCCCACUCGGAAUGACAAUUGAUCCGAGUCCACCCCCUGGCCACUUGAUAAUGAGACAGAUGUUUUUAAACUAGUCUCCAGUAGUAGAUCUGUAAAGAGUUAACAUGUUUUGGCCUAUUUGGAUUCACAUUAAUGUAACAAAAACUUAUUUCUACACCAGAAGCAAAUAUUCAAAGUGUUCUCAGAAUUCAAAAUUAAAACUACAGCAUUUUGACUAAACAACCUGA